UUCUGGUGAGAAAAGUGACGCCGUCAGCGUCUCUGCGCGCAAACGCUGGCGAAUGACCGGCGUCGACGUCGCAACGCUGUAUAUCGUUGUCGCGAAAUCCCCAGUAGCGUCGUUCUAGUGCUCCGCGACGGUCGAAUCACACACCCGCUCCGUCAAACGUUGAUUGGCGUGAAAGUUGACAACUUUUCAAACCUGUGUAUGAACUCAAUGAACCUUGUCCACCUCUGACAGUCGAUUAAAUAAUCUUCAACCACUGAUGCGUGCCUUCCAAGCCAAAUUUCUCAAAUAACUCUCAAUAACAGAGCAUGUAGAAUGUAAUGAGAAUGGAACAAGAUAGAGAGUGAAUAAUUCAAUGGAAUGAAUGACUGCGUUACACAGGUGGAAAUUUGUCGGACAAAUUUCGAGAUGCAUGGAGGAGCACCAUUACAUACUGUCCAGUGACACUUCAUGUUUCUUCUCCAAACUUGAAUGUGUGGCAAUGCAGCUCCAGAAUGAAGAUUUGGUUGGAGUGGCAGCAGCUCUGUCUGAUCACACUCUUCUUCAUAUUCAUUGUUGUUACAGUGGUGGGAAACACACUGAUAAUCGUAGCAGUUGUGACAACGAGGCGACUGAGGACGGUGACAAACUGCUUUGUCAUGUCGCUGGCCGUUGCUGAUUGGCUCGUUGGAAUAUUCGUUAUGCCCGUCGCUGUCGCCUACCAUAUCAUGGGGAGAUGGGAGAUGGGCCGGAUCCUGUGCGAUGUGUGGAUCUCGCUGGACGUGGGUCUUUGCACGGCGUCAAUACUGAGUCUGUGCGCCAUCUCAAUUGACCGCUACUUCGCCAUCACUCAGCCGCUCAACUACACUCGCCGAAGACGCUCAAAGCGCCUCGCCCUAAUUAUGAUCCUCGUGGUGUGGGUGGCCGCCGUCGCUAUAACCUGCCCACCCAUAUUUGGCUGGUAUGAUUGGGAGCGACAUAAGAACAAGACAUGCAUUUACAGCCAGAACAAGAGCUACGUGGUGGUAUCGGCUAUGUUGUCAUUCUUCGUGCCUCUGACAGUGAUGAUCUACGUGUACGCGAGGAUAUCGUGGGAGAUAGCGCAGCGACAUGUCAACCUGGACGCCAUGAACAACGGAGCGGCGCACUCCGCUGCCACUCACAACAAUCACCACAUACGAACUUAUUCGAAACGGUGCGUAGCAAAUCUGGAAGAGUCAGACCAAGAACGAUCCGAAAGUGAUGACGUCGUGAGAGCUGGGAGGUUGAUGCCCCCGCUGACAAUGCCGGUUGUGACACCGACUGGGGUGAUUUCGGCGAACAGCAGCGGUCGGUCUGUGGAGAGCAGCCGCCGCCUGCGAUUCGGUGACUCGGCAACCCGCGUGUCAUCAUUCAAGCGCGAGUCCAAGACAGCUCAGACUCUGUCCAUUGUGGUCGGCGGCUUCAUCGCCUGUUGGCUGCCCUUCUUUGUCGCCUACAUCGUCAAUCCCUUCCUCGACAAUGGCACAAUAGGCAACUGGCUCAUGACCUUCCUCACCUGGCUAGGAUGGUUGAACUCGGCCAUCAACCCGUUCAUCUACGCCUUCUACAGCCCCGACUUUCGGUUGGCGUUCUGGCGUCUGACGCUCAGGCACUGCACGUCGCGUCAGCAGCAGCGUGUGGCCAGGCGGAAGCAGACAGCAGGCAACAGUGCCUCGCGUCAGAACACACACAAGCGAGACGCUACCACGCACUACCUGCAGUGCCACAGGCCCUGAUGUCGACCCUAUCACACUGGCCGACAGGUCUGCUUCAACGACUCCUGUGUAUAAGCAACGCCAAACAAACUGUUGUAGUUGUUCAAGACACGUGUUUGGAAGACUCAAAUGUUGGUGUUCAGAUCAAACAUAAAUAUAUUGGCACACACUUGGAAGCUGGACCUUCCUGCCGUCGUGUUCAUUGUACAAAACUUUACCAAUUCAGCUGGUAGAUUUGCAGACUCUCUUUAUUUUCCUAUCCGAUAAGUCAUGCUUUAUGAUACUUCUGUUCCUAAUUAGCAUCCAGUGCGGAAGUGAGUGUUGCAGCUGUUUCAAUUUCCUGUAACUCUGAAAACAGGCCCUGAUGUCUAACCCGUGAAAUAUGAAUAAGAUGAAGCUCUUCCAUUGUGCUAUAGUGACAGAGAUGUAAAAAAUAUCUAUGUUGCACAAAUCGACUUGAGAUUAUCUUCUAGUAAACGAAGUUCAUAAACUGGUGAUUGAUUAUGGUGUAAUGUUUUGAGAAUAAGUUGAGAUCAGGUCAUUCCUUUCAAUAAGAAGAAGCUCUGAUAUUGAACUUCCUCUAUCGUUUUGUAACACGCUAAUAGUCGCUUCUUCCCGAAGAGGAAAUUUCAACCCACUUUAUACUUUCCGUAAAUAUUAAUCAUACGGCCAUCACUUACAUGUAACGUGAGUUGAUUUUUAUAUUCAACCCAGAUAUCAUAAUUUCAGGUGUUUUAACUGUGUCAAGUGGAUGUUACAAUUGUCAUAGAUUGUAUAAAUAUUUUAAAGUGAGUGUGCUUUUGUGUUCAUUGAAGCAUGCUUUGGUAGAAAUUAAGAUCAAUGUUUGGAACAAUAAUUAAUUUUAUCUGAUUUCAUUUCAUUAUUGAAUCGUGGAUUUUCAGUGCAGAUGAGUUUUGCAGCUGGAAGUGAGUGAUAUCUAGUCAUUAAAUGCAGUACAGCUUACUUAAAAAAUACUAUCUCCAUUUCAAUGUACAGUGUAUUGUGAAUCUUAAUAACAUCGAGUAAACAGAUUUUUUCUGAAUCAGUAUGUAUUAUCUAUUUUUUACAAGAACAUGCUAAAAAUUGCAUGCUAUUUUCUCAAUAUGACAUGAUUUGACAGAGAAUGACUCUUACAUUGUUAAUUUCAUGUCUGACUCUUCAUAUGAUAAAUAAGGUAGACUGACCAUCCAGCUAUCUCAGUUUAUUCCGUGUUAAUCAUCGUUAUAAUAAAUCCGCAAUUCCUAUUGAUUCUGUAGUUUCAAUUGAGAGUUAUAAAGUAAACAUUUCCAUAUUGUCUAUUAAACCUAUUAUCAAGUUCGAAAAAUUCAAAAUUCACUAUUUUGCAAGUUUUUCAUUUUGCACAAUUCUGGCUGUGUCUGUAAGUGAAUUUAGAAAUAUUUAUGCAUUACAAGUGAUUUUUUAGUUACCAUGAAUCUUUAUAAACUAGGCCUAUAUAGGUGCUCCUUCAAAGUACAACUAGAAUCUACUAUAUUGAGCAUAAUAUUUUCAAUACAGUUCCAUUUUUGUGGCUUAUUUAAGAGGGUUUUGUACAUUUUUUUAUUGUAAACAAUGAAGAAUAAAUUAUGUUGAACAAG